AUGUCUGAGUCUGGCCCUGAGGACCAAGACGAUUUCAUAUUUCGCCCGCAACAACAUUUGGAUGCAAAAUGGUUGAAUCCUGAUCUACAGGAAGCUCUUCACAAUCCUGACGGCUUAAACAUCCUGUUUAAUAGCCUUUUGCAAGACAGAGAAAUAUAUUUCGACGCCGGAAACGGUCUCGUCAACAGUGCUGGUGUAACUGCUAAACUCGGUGAUAGUGGAAAAUACUAUUGUGGGCUUAGAAUAUUAACUUGUACGUGCUGUGAUGGGUUGUGUGGGCCGCAUUCAGGGUGUGCUUGCCCUCCAUGUGCUGCUCUCUCGACUGAGGAGGAGCUUAGAAUCUCAAUUCAAUCAAAAGCUGCAGCACCACCACCUUCAGUUCAGAUAAUUGAUGAUCUCAAGUGGAAACUAGAUCCAGGUCCAGAAUGUCUCCAAAGUCUGAUGGAAUCAUUGCUUUGGGAGCAGCGUAACCGGGCCAUAACUACAGCAGUAACCUGUCCAUAUAUAUCUCAAAUUCGUCGAUUAAUAAUUUUGUGCAAUAGACAUCUGGUAGCUGUUAUAAGGGAUCAAAAUCAGAAUAAAGAAUCAAAAAAAGUAAAAUUAGAUAAGAAGCCUUCACAUGCUAUAAGUAAUAGAGCACUUAGCAAUGUAGUGAAUACUAUGAACAAAUCUGUUGAUGUCCCUAUGGAGGGUCAGGAGGACAAUGAUGAGCAUAGUGAAGAUUCAGAAAGCUCUCUGGGAUUAGAACGUGUAGGUGCGCGUGCGGCUCUUCGGCUAGCUCUAUCCCUAGUACGACGGGCAUGGCGCUGCGGCGAAGACGCUGACGUCUGUUCUGCAUUGUUACGUGAUGCACUCGAUGCAGUUCGCGCUUUGCCGGACGCAGCACUUUUCGCCGGAGGCGCGACCCAUAACGCGCCACGUUCACAACGAAUAUGGGCAGAAGUUGUAGACAGCGCUGCGAAGUUUCUACAUCAGGUUGUGAUCGGUGAAGUUGGCUGCAAUGUUCCACUGGGUGACUGGCGAACAUCACUUUGUGUGUGGGUUGAGUCCUGUGCAAGAAGAGCUGAACUACCUGCAUUAUUGAAGGCAGCUGAUGUUCUAGUUACUUUACCACCUAAAAAAAAAGCGACAGCCAGAUAA